UCCUCUAUUUCACUCACCGUAACAAAUUCCACACCUCCCAAAACCCUAAACAAUGGAACCAGAACCUUCUUCACAAGAAAUUAGCAAAAAAGCCGCCAAAAAGGAAGCCGCCAAGGCCAAAAAAGCCGCCGCCAAAAAAGAUUCCGCCGCCACCGUAUCCAACAUCACAAUCGACGUACCCGAUCCUCUUGCCGAAAACUACGGCGACAUUCCGAUCGAAGAACUUCAGUCAAAAACAAUCGCCGACCGUGUUUGGACCACCGUCGGUACACUCACCGAUGAAUUGGAAGGAAAAAACGUGUUAAUCCGUGGCCGAGCUCAGGCGAUUCGUGCCGUUGGUAAAAAAAUGGCGUUUUUUACUGUUAGAGAGAGAAUUGAUACUGUUCAGUGUGUGUUGACUGUUGCUGAGGGUUUAGUGAGCCCUCAAAUGCUUAAGUUUGCUGCUGGUAUUUCUAAGGAGUCGUUUGUCGAUAUCGAAGGUCUCGUUUCCGUUCCGCCCUCGCCUAUUAAAGGCGCAUCUCAGCAGGUUGAAAUACAAGUGAGAAAGAUCUAUGUUGUAAACAGGGCAUCUAAUUUGCUUCCUAUGAAUGUUGAGGAUGCUGCUAGAAGUGAUGUUGAAAUUGAGAAGGCUUCGGAGGCAGGAGAACAACUCGUUCGGGUGAAUCAGGAUACUCGUUUGAACAACAGGGUUCUGGACUUGCGCACACCUGCGAAUCAAGGGAUUUUCCGCCUUGAAAGUCAAGUGUUAACGUUCUUUCAACAGUUUCUGCUGAAUGAAAAAUUUGUCCAAAUCUGCACGCCAAAGUUAACUGCAGGAACUAGUGAAGGUGGUGCUGCUGUUUUUAGACUGGACUACAAAAAACAGCCUGCUUGUCUUGCCCAAUCUCCCCAGCUUCAUAAGCAGAUGGCAAUCUGUGGUGAUUUUGGACGUGUUUAUGUGAUCGGUCCCGUCUUUAGAGCUGAAGACUCUUAUACCCAUAGACAUUUGUGUGAAUUCACUGGUCUUGAUGUGGAAAUGGAAAUUAAACAGCAUUAUUCUGAGGUGAUGGAUAUCGUAGACCGCCUUUUUGUUGAAAUGUUUGACAAACUGAAUGAAAGAUGCCAGAAAGAGUUAGAGGCUAUUGGGAAGCAAUAUCCUUUCACGCCAUUGAAAUACUUGCGGAAUACUCUGCGACUUACAUUCGAAGAAGGUGUUCAAAUGCUUAAGGAUGCUGGCGUUGAGGUUGAUCCACUAGGGGACCUGAACACGGAAAGUGAAAGGACUUUAGGGAAACUUGUGUUGGAGAAGUAUGGAACUGAAUUCUAUAUACUACACCGCUACCCAUUGGCUGUUCGACCGUUUUAUACGAUGCCUUGUCCAGACAACGAAGCCUAUAGCAACUCAUUUGAUGUUUUCAUCAGAGGAGAAGAGAUCAUUUCAGGAGCCCAGCGUGUGCACUUACCUGAACUUCUGGAGUCGCGCGCAACAGAAUGUGGCAUUGAUGUGAAAACAAUAUCAACUUAUAUCGAUUCCUUCAGGUAUGGUGCGCCGCUACAUGGUGGGUUUGGAGUUGGAUUAGAACGUGUUGUGAUGCUCUUCUGUGCUCUUGACAACAUCCGCAAGACAUCGCUAUUCCCCCGUGACCCACGAAGGCUAGAACCAUAGGUUUUUUUCAAGCAGAUUUGCCUCUUUGCCUUUUCAGUAUAUCUAGUAAGCAAUUAUAUUUUGACAGCAUUAUGAUUUCUUGCUUGAGAAGGUGUUAAGAGGGGCCCAUGAAACCGUUAUUUUGGCUCAUGUUUAUGUUCAAACUAUGAAGUUCUCAUGAUGAAACCUUCUACUAUUUGGUUAUA